UCCUCGCCACACCACGCCAGCCACCACUGCCGUCGCGUCAUCUCCAACUUCUUCUUCUUCCUUCCCCUCCGUCUCUCUUCUCUUCCCCCAUCGAGCCAGAGGGUAGCGGCUGCGGAGGCGGAGCCAUGGUCCCGUCCCUCUUCCUCCUCCUGCUCGUCGCCGGCGCCGCGGCGCAGGGCCACGACGACGCGGUGGCGCGGCGGACCAUGGAGGAGUUCGCCGGCUUCCCCGCCUCCGACGACGGCGAGGGAGACCGCCGCGCAUAUGCCUUGCGCGUCGACUCCGAAGGCCUCCAGCGCCAGAUUGAUGAACUGGCCUCGUUCUCUGACUCCCCGGCGCCGUCGGUGACGCGUGUGCUGUACAGCGACAAGGACGUGCAAGCUCGAAGGUACAUAAAAGGGAUAAUGAAAGAGCUUGGCCUUGCUGUUCGAGAAGAUGCCGUUGGUAACAUAUUUGGCCGCUGGGUGGGUCAUGAAGCGGAACUAGGAGCAGUUGCAACUGGUUCUCAUGUUGAUGCCAUUCCAUUUUCAGGCAAAUAUGAUGGUGUUGUUGGUGUUCUGGGUGCUCUUGAGGCAAUCAGUGUGCUAAAAAGGUCCGGUUUCCAGCCAAAAAGGUCUUUGGAGGUUAUUAUGUUUACAUCAGAGGAACCUACAAGAUUUGGAAUUAGCUGCUUGGGAAGCCGCUUGAUGGCAGGGAGUGAGGAACUAGCUCAAUCCCUAAAAAGGACAGUUGACAACCAGAAUUUAUCAUUCGUUGAUGCAGCUGACUCUGCUGGCUACAAGAUACAUCCAGAGGAUCUACAUGAUGUAUUUUUGAACCAAGAUACUUAUUUUGCUUUUGUAGAAUUGCACAUUGAACAGGGUCCCAUCUUGGAAAAAGAAGGCAUCCCAAUUGGCAUCGUUACUGCUAUUGCUGCUCCUGCAAGUAUUAAGGUGGAAUUUGAAGGGAAUGGGGGCCAUGCUGGAGCAGUGCUCAUGCCCGCAAGAAACGAUGCUGGAUUGGCGGCAGCUGAGCUGGCAUUAGCAGUUGAGAAACAUGUUCUGGAUUCAGGAUCAAUUGAUACAGUUGGCACUGUUGGUAUUCUGCAGCUACAUCCAGGGGCUAUCAAUAGCAUCCCAAGUAAAUCACACCUGGAAAUUGAUGUAAGAGAUAUCGAUGAGAAAAGAAGGAACGAUGUCAUUGAGAAGGUUCACCAAUCUGCAGUUGAGAUAUCAAAGAUCCGCAGAGUAGAGCUAUCAGAAUUCAAGAUCAUCAAUCAGGAUCCACCUGCUCUUUCUGACAAAGCAGUCAUUAACGCAAUGGAAUUUGCUGCAAAACAGUUGGGCCUACAAUACCAAUUGAUGAUCAGCAGAGCCUAUCACGAUUCACUCUUCAUGGCCAGAAUAUCACCAAUGGGUAUGAUCUUCAUACCCUGUUACAAAGGAUACAGCCACAAGCCGGAAGAGUAUGCGUCGCCGGAGGACAUGGCGAACGGAGUGAAGGUGCUAGCCUUGACUAUGGCGAAAUUAUCCCUCGAGUGACCACGGCAUGGGAGGAAUCAAGAGGGAAGUACCCAACGCCUGUGUUUCCUUGCCGAUAAUACGUUGUACAUCAGCUGCCUCGCCGUUGACGCAUCAGGCGGACAGAUUAAACCAUGAUUCCUUCUUCCGGAAUAAUAUUUGGAUGGGCGGGAAUUCCAGUGCUACUAUUUCAGCGAGGAAAUGCCAUCUGAUUUCAUCAUAAUGUCAUAUUUUUCUGUAACCACGGACAUCUCCUUUGCCAGUUCUUUCUCUUCGCCUUGCAAUGUCUUCCAAAGGUGACAAUAAAAACAUGUGUAUACAUUUGUAAAAGUAUGUGGAUAUCAAGAUAAAUUAUGAGCC